AUGUUUCUGUCUCUUCCUACGUUGACUGUCCUUAUUCCACUGGUCUCUUUAGCAGGACUGUUCUACUCAGCCUCUGUGGACGAAAACUUCCCACAGGACUGCACUAGCAGCACAGCAAGCCUGUGCUUUUACAGUCUGCUCCUGCCCAUUACCAUACCAGUUUAUGUGUUCUUCCACCUUUGGACUUGGAUGGGUAUUAAACUCUUCAGGCAUAAUUAAUACAACCAGAGCUAAGAUAGUAGAUAUAUUAAUGAUAGGUCUUGAGUGUGUAUUUCUAAAACUUAACUACAUGGAAAUACUGGAAACCCACUUAAUUUGCAGGAAAGGUGCUUUGCCUUGCUUCUCUCAGGUUUAGGACUAGGGGAGGCUUAAGCUGCAGAAGUUUCUUUUAUUGUACUUUUGUUCUACCCUUGUUUUUUUUUUAAUUUUUAUUUAUAACUAUUGUAUCAGAAGAAACAUUUCAACAGUUUCUUGUUGGAAAUUAACAAUCCCAACCAUCACCUGAUGACUUUAUUUCUUACCCCAUUCAUCUAAAAGUUAAUUAAAAUUUUAUAUGUCUAUUUUAGAUUUAAAGUAUUUGGUAGAGUCACGUGUUAAAGAUGACUGAAAUAAUUCCAAAGCAGCUAUGCUGAAGUUGUUGUAGAGAAACACAUUUGAGCUCAUGUGACAGAAAACUAUAAUAAAAUGGAAAUUUCAUGUACUAGCAAA